AUAAUCAAUAUAAGGCUCUGCCUGGGCGUGCUCUGGCGCCAGCUAAACCCCCGUCCCCAUUAUUCUCCUAAAGCCAAAUUCGCAGUGGCAAGGAAAGUAGGGGAAAGAAAGGAUCGUUUUUUGUUUAUUCUAAUUUAUAGAGGACUAUAGAAAUUAUAGGAAAAUGUAUCAACGAAAUAUAAAGAUACAUAACAUGUCAACAGAGGAUUUGGAGUUGGACGAACAGGGUAUUUAUAGAGAAAAGGACUUACCACCCGGGGAUGGUGCAAUUUUAAUUGAUGACGAUGGAAUUUGGAGAGAUGAUGCCGAUCGUUUAUCGCAUUAUACGUUCAAAACAGACUCUGGACUAGGCGGAGACUAUGGAGAAGGUAAGAGAUCAUUUGUUGAAGAUCUUAAUGAUGAAGUUCAAGAGAGCAGCUGUUCAGUGCAGACAAUUCAGCCAAACGAUGCUAAGGAUAUGAGUGUUUAUUUACAAAAAACUGCUCCCCCCGAUUCGAGCGGAACAGAAAUAGCAACUCAAGAAGGAACCUUUAAGGCUGUAGAGCAACCAGGCCACAGUCUAAUUGAAUUUGAAGAAUUAGAAAAGCAUCUUAUGAGCGACGUUGACGAGAGAGAUUUAAUUGGGCAAUAUUUACGAGAUUUGGAAAUUCGCCAAAAAGAAGAAGAUAUAGAACCUCUGGAACUUCCCAACGAGAUAACUUCUCAAGAUAUUAGAGAUAAUGCUAAAAUGGUAGCUGCUAUGUUAGAUAGGCUAACGACGUCUGAAAGUGAAACAGAGAAAAGCAUUAAAAGUCCUCGAAGACAGCUUCCACCCAAACCUAAAAGUAGGCCUUCAAGUGGAUCAAGAAUUCCUGUCAGGAGUAGAAGUCCGUCCGCUAAAAAGUUAACUCCUAGAUCUUUGCCUAUUACUCCUGGAAAAGUCGAUUCCACCCAAUCUGAUGAUGAAAGGUCAAGGUUGAAAACUGCAACCAAAGUUACUAACCGUCCCCCAUCCGUCCCGUCAACUCUAAGAGUUAAACCAAAUAUAGCCGCUUUUACGUCUCAACCGUCCAAUAUCAACAAUAAAAAUUUACUUUUGACCGGAGGAUCGUCCAUGGAUGAAAGUGAUGGUCCAGAACAAUCUGCGAGAUCGGAUAAGAGCAAAAGAGAAUUAACUAAGCGUCUCCAGAAAGAAUUAUUUGAGAAGGAGAAAAAAGACCUAACAAUUAAUCAACUACAACAAGAACUUCAUUCUCUCUAUAAGAAACACGCAGAAGCAGAAAACGUUAUUGACGAAUUAAAAAUUGGUGCCAAAGUAACCCUGGAUAUUUCAGCGCCAACUGGGCAGCUCCCACAGUCCAAUAGUGUACCCAAUGCACAGCAUGCUCAAUUUAUAAGUAUCAGUACUCCUGUAGCUGGCCAGCAGGCCGCUAUUCAAAGGCCUGGUUCAGCAAGAAAAUUGGGUAGUAGUCAAGCUUCGUUAGGUAUACAGGCUUCAACUAAUCCUGGCAGGCCGAUUGAAGAUAAUUUCGUUCGACAAAGAGAAGAUAGCGUUGUAAAAGACGAUAUUUUCAGAAGACGACGAAAUUCUUCUAUUCAAUCUAAUCCUGAAAAUCUGCUAAGUGAAUUGGCUUCCAAAGUUAGGAAUAUACAGGAUCAAACGGAGUCUUUUAAUAUCCUUCUUGAUCAAGAUCAAUUGAAUAUCGGUGAACAGCAGGAUACUUUAACAAAUAUUAGAAAAAAACAUGAUGAUUUACAAAAUCAAUAUAGCAAUCUUAAGUCAGAAACUCUUAGGCGAGAUGAAGAGUUUGACCCCGAUUCAGAAGUAGCAGGAGAACUUCAUAAACUAAACUUGAAAUUAGACGAUCUUGAGGGUACUGUUAAUAACAAUGUACGAUUAAAAGCUAACGAACGGCAACCGUUUAAAAAUAAUGCCUUAAAAGCAUCCCAUAGCGUUGCUUCUGGGGAAGGCUCACUGGGUGGUCCUCAUACUGGCUACCUAGCAAACAGAAAACGAACAGAUGUUCUACCAAGUGUUGGAAAUAUUCAAACAGAUAGAAGGAAAUCAAGUGUCGGAUCGAUCGCCUGCAGUAGACAGGGAGGAGAGAUGGACGAUAUGAUUGAAAAAGUUAACGAAGAUUAUGCCCACCUCAUGGAUAGAUAUAAAAAUCUAAAAUCUAUGUCUAAAUCACCUACCAGAGAUGCCGAAGUUGAUAGGCUAAUGCAGCAACUUAGGAAUAUUUACGACGAAGCGCCAGAGAAGAUGAAUUUAAUACCUCCCGAAGCAAUUCAAGAGAAAUCUUCAAACAGAGGAGCAUCGUCGGUGUCUAGUAGCAACCCACCUGGACUAACUCAGAGUGAUUUGGAUUUUAGACACAGGGAAACUUCAUCUCUGGCUAGCAUUUCUACGAUUGGCAGGCGAAGAUUCACUCCAGAUUAUAGCGGAGAAAAAAUCCCGUCUGUACCUGCUGAUAGUGGGAUAGGAACAACAACAGCUAGUUCUCUCACCGGUCAAAAACGAUUAGGAGUCAGCUUGAAUCAUCAAUCGCAUUCGCAAGGUCGAAAAUCAACAAACUCAAAAAGAGGAGAUAGACCACCAUCCAGAAGAUCUUUGCAGAUAGAACAAUCAAGCUCAGAUUCCGACGAUAUGAGAAGGCCUCCUAGACGCUCGCCAGGAAUACGACCACCAUCAGAAUCGCUACGGGGUAGUCAACGAAGUCAGCGAAUCAAAAAUGGCCAUACUCCAACAGAUUCCGAAAUUGCUCUUUAUAAUGACACCAAUCGAAAUGAUACAGAACUUAAACAACUGCAGAGGGAAGUUAUCGAUUUAAAAGAGCAACUAAAUCAAAGGGGGUCAUCAAAGAGUACUCCCAUAGCUAGACAGCCUCAACCCGUACCACCGUUCGAUCUGCAUAAAGUAGCUUCUUCUCAACAAGAACCAGUUAGACCGAUUCAACCGCAACCUUAUGCACCAUACAGUCAAUAUUGGCAACCUGGACAAACUUGGAAUGUUCAACCGAUGUACGAAUCGGUCGUUCCACAACCUGAAAUUCAAUCUGCCACAGUAGAUACAAGAGCAGAUAUCCCAUCGGAGGUUUAUGACCCAAGAUAUCCUGAUACGUUUGACUAUAGACAGCGUCGUCAAAGACACUAUGAAAGAUCCAAACGUAACCGACGACAUGUAGAACCAAAUGAAGAAGUUUACUUCGAGAGAGGACAAGCUGCUGAUCACAGAAAUGACUAUGACAAUCCCGAAGAUGAUUAUCCAGAUAAUCCUAGUUACUUUCAACAGACCGGUCAAAAACCAAAACACUAUACUCAGCAUAUGCACGACGAUAGCCAACGAACUGGACACCCUUAUAGUUCAUACGGAGAAAGCCCAAGAUAUGGUGGACCAAUGAGUCAACAAUAUUACACAUACGGUCAAGGGCCCAACUAUGGUCAGAAUCCUAACUAUGGUCAAAAUUAUGGCCAAGACCAAAAUUAUUCCAGGGCACCAAACAAUGGCCUACCCCAGGAUGGAAAUCAAUAUUCAAAUUUUAAUCCAAAUUAUGAUCAGAAUCAUUCUUCUAACUGGGAUGCUACAGCUCCUCCUAACUGGAUAUUACCAAAUGGAAAUAACUCUAAUGGGAACAACUGUAAUGGAAACAAUCCACAGAUAUUUUUACAGAAUUCUAAAAAUUCGGCUCAAGUACAAAGAGGCAAAAGUAAUGCAUCCAUAUUCGUUCCUGCGAAAAUAGAGGAAGCGCCAAAAAGAGUCGCUAGAAAAUCAAAGAUUAGAUACUACAUAAGAGAAUACGACGAUUCGGAAGACGAGAAGAAAAAUCGCAAGCUUCAUCAUCGUCAUCAUCACCAUCACCACCACCAUCACAAGCAUCGCCAUCACGAUAAGAACCGAAGUAGAUCGUCAUCCACCCACACCAAAGAUGAACAUGAUAGAAGAUGUAAAUAUUCAACAUCAGAAGAUGAAAAAGCAGAUGAUUUGAAUAAAGUAUUAGAAAAGGCAAAGGUAUUAAGAAAAUUAUCUGGUAAAGUAAAAGAUACACUUUCCGAGGAUUUAGAAAGAUCUUUUCACGAAUCUUUCCUGCACGACUAUCUUUAAUAGAGUGAUUUUUUUAUAUUCGUAUCGAUGUGAUUAAUUCAGCUGUGAUAAAUUUUUUUUCAUAUACGGAAAUUUAUGAAAUAAACAGUUAUCUUGUUGACUAGCUUAGUUUUGUU